AUGGUAAAUACUGUAUUAGACAAAGUUAUAAGAAUAAGAAAAUUAAUUAGAACUAACAAAGAUGCCAAGAUAAAAAUGAUUGAGGACUACGUUUACUUCAAAGGUGCAAUGUUUAAGAUGGAGAAGGAGAUUGACGAGAUCCUGAUAAAGAAAAAGGAAGAUUUGCAGCUAGAGGAACUGAGGAAAAAGAAGAGAAGAAGUAAUAAUGAAAAAGCUCUGGUAAGGAGAUGUACAAAGAUUGAGGCUCUGGAGGAUAUCAACGAAAUAAGGGGACUGGAAAACGAAAGCGUUGUCACGGUUACUGACGGCGUGCUGAGAGUAAAACGCUCUGAAUUUAGAAAAAAAGACGCUGUAAAAGUAAAUAUGCACGGGGAGAGGUUCAAUGCUGUCUUGCUCUCUAUUUCGCCAUCUGGCAUCGUUGUAAAGGCAAAAAAUGGAAAGAAGUACAAGAUUAUGAUCCAGAGUAUAAAAAAAGAUGAUGUUAGGUUCAUUAAGCUAGAGAGAAACAAAUGAGAAGAAAAGAAUUUGUGAUUAAAAUAUUGUCAGUGUUCUUUACUAUUCCGUUUUGC